AUGGCUUCCAGGAUAUCACGGGCUGUAUCGCCCUGUCUGCGUCAAUUGCGCAGAGAAUCUCGGCUUCCCCACACAUCAUGGAUCACGGCGGCUCGUAGCAUUUCGACAUCGCCCAGUUGCUCUGCUGCCGUGAGCGAUAUCCGAAAACCGAUCGACCAAGCCCCUGCGACCAAACCCCCAAGCGCUCGUCCUGUUGAAACAAGAAAGAGCCAGCUGAUCCGAACCUAUACCUCGUUACUUCGAACGACUCCUCUGAUCUUGUUCUUUCAGCACAGUAACUUGACGGCUGUGGAAUGGGCGGCUGUGCGGCGAGAGUUAAAGAAGGCUCUUUCUGCGGUUCCUCAGCCCAACGCAGUCCCCGGAAGCGAACCUGUCGAUAUUACUCCGUUAGUCCAAUUACAGGUGGUACGAACCAACAUGCUGCGCGUAGCCCUUAAACUCGUUGAAUUUUACGACCCUGAGGCUGCCGCUGCCUCUGAUAAGACGACGCGAACAGCACGAGGCCCUCUCGUCCACGAUUUGUCUGAAGCCGCCUACGAUGCUAUCAAGAAUGCCGAAGUCCCUGAAGAUUCAAACUACGCCCAAAUCGAGCCAGUGAUGGUUGGUCCUUUGGCGGCUCUAGUUCUUCCCGCUGUAUCUCCAGCACAUGUUGCUGCGGCCUUGAGCGUCCUAGCCCCUGUCCCCGGCAAAUUCCCUGCUCCCUCAAGGAAAAAGAACCCUGGAUAUCACGAUGCUACCUGCCAAAGCGGCCUUGCGAAACUGCUCCUUGUUGGUGGCCGUGUCGAAGGCAAGAUCUUCGAUCAGUCUGGCAUCAACUGGGUUGGCGGCAUCGAGGGUGGCUUGGACGGACUGCGCGCCCAAUUGGUCGCUCUGCUCCAAGGCGCGGGCUUGGGCAUCACCAGCACACUGGAAGGUGGAAGCCGAAGCUUGUGGCUAGCUCUGGAGGGUCGAAAAGGUCAGCUGGAAGACGAGGCCAAAGGCGACCAAAAGAAUGGAGAAUAA